AUGUUGCUUGCUGGAGAAAGGCUGACAGCAUGCAAGGGGACAACGACGCGGCACUUCCUGGUAGAUGGACGCAGAGGCACGGUGGUAUGCGAGAGGAGACGCACAUCAUGGCAAGAUAGUACCUCGCCGCAUUUUUGGCUCUGUGGGGCGUCGUCAGGAAGGAUCAAAUGGGACGACGGGAGGCCUGGGCCAUCCUGGGUGCCUGCCACCUGGGUUCUUACCUCUGGGGGCUGGCAGAACUUCGACUCUGGAAGCAGCCAAAGCAGCGUGAGAGGGAAGGACUCAAGGAGAACAAUGGGAGAGGCCAGGAAGGAGGGGUGA